AUGGAAGAAACAUGGAAAACACAAAUAUUAUAUCGGAUUAAACAAAGGAAUAUAAAUCAAAAUGAAAUAUAUCAAAACAUAUUAUUUUCAUAUAAUUCAUUAGUUGAAGAAAAAAACAAAUUGUUAGCAAUUAUUGCAUCAUUUACUUCAAACAAUAUUUAUAUACGAAAUAGUCAAAGCAUAAAUCUACUAUCCCAUGAAAAAAAUAAUAUAACAAAUAGUGACAUAGGAUAUCAUAAAAUAUCCAUAAAUGAAAAUACAAAUAAAGAUUCUACUUAUUCUCUUACUAGUAACUUAUUGAAUUUUUCUAAAAAAUAUACAGAUAUCUCAUCAAAUAAUAAAUAUUUAGAUAACUAUGAAAAUCUAAUUAAUACAGAAGAUUUACUGGACGCUGUCAGAGAGCGACGAAAAAAUGAGGAACUUAUUCUCCUUCUUCGAAAUAACUUAAGUGAAAAAGAAAAACUUUUAAAUGAUUUAACAAAAGAAAAAAAAGCAUUACAUAAUCUUAUUGCCAAAAGAGAUGAAGAACUAUUUAAAAAUAAAAAACAACUAUCAACACUUGAAACAAUUUUAAAUAGAAAAAAACAAGAAAUUAAACUAUAUGCAAAUAACAACAAAUCUUUAAAAUAUAAAAUUGAAUUAAAAGAAAGACAAAACAUAAAACUUCUUAGAGAAUAUGAUUAUUUAAGAUAUACAUAUUUUAAAUUACUAAAACAAAUAUAUGAAAUAAAAAAUUAUACCAAAACUGUGGAUAAAGAAUAUUUCUCAUUAAGAAAUGAACUACUUAAAAAAAAAAUGCAAAAUGAAAACCUUCUUAAAUAUUUAUCAACAUCAAAAACACUCUAUAAAAAUGAACUAAAAAAAAUGCAAAAAAUUGAAAUGAAAAAUAAAGCCAAAAUAAAAUUAAAUAAACACACAAAAGAAAAAUCUAUUUUUUUUAAAAAACAUAAAUUUUAUGUAUUCCUAUAUUUAAAAAAAUUACAUUCUGUAAAAAAUAAAAAGGAUAAUACAGAAAAUCAUAAUUUAUUAUGUGAUACCACAAAGUCUUUUCUUAUAUAUUCCAAUGAUCAUCUUAGUAUUUCAACCCAAAACAAUUAUAUUAAUGAAGUAAACCAAACCGAUGAUGGAGCAUCGAGCUUUUUAGAUACAUACAAAUUUCCUAACCACUCUUCUGAAACCCUUGGAAAAAAUAUCAAAAAUAAAUAUUCUACAUCAAAAGAAAAACCAAACAAAAAAUCAUACAGCAAUACCUCAAAAUUAAACAAUCUUGAAAAGAAAUAUGACAUUUUAUUGUCAAAUGAUAUGGAUUAUAAUAUCGUUGUAAACCGUUUCAAAAAAAAAUAA